ACGCGCAUUGUCGCAUCGGACUGCCGCCGCAACGGCCGCGCAUGAAUCUGCGCCCGCGACUACGAUUAGUGAACGAGUGUUUUCUGUUUGUGUUGGUCCGGAAUGUCAUAACGAUACCGCAUCGUGUUUUGUUGUAAUAUUGAAGAAAAACAUGGAGUAAUAUAUUGACGAUAUAAUUGUGAGAAAUAAAAAUGGGUAGUGGAAAGUUUGGGUUCCACGGUAAAAAGGACAAAGUGGAGGAUAAGACUGAGUUUAGUGUUAAGGAAAAGUGUCGUAAAUUGAAGAAGAAACUUAAGAAGACUGAUGAAACACAGAAGACUGAAGGUGCGAAGGAGAAGACGAUUUGGUGGAACCAAUGCAGUGGACUGAGUGAAAUCGACCAGUACCUGUGGAUGGUAGGCGGUUCUGCUGGUGCCCUGGCUCUUACAGGUGUUGCAGCAGCCUCGGCAUUCUACCUCACGACACGCCCGAAGCCCGAGAAGCCACUCGUUACAUUACACGAACAAAGCUUACUGGAACCAGGUCCAGAAUUAGUUCGUGUAUCGAAAUUCUACAAAGAAGCAAAGAAUGGCCGGUUCCUUCGGUAUCUUCACGACGAUACGCGCACACUGUACGAGACUUUUCGCAGAGGUGUUAAAGAAUCAAAUAAUGGCAACUGUCUCGGUUGGCGCGACGGACCAAAUAAGCCGUACGUGUGGCAGACAUACAAUGAGACCCUUCUGCGAGCUAAAAACUUUGGAUCGGGCCUCUUAUGCCAAGGCGUUGCCCCGGGCCAAACCACCUUUGUCGGUAUUUACGCCCAAAAUUGUCCAGAGUGGAUCAUGACGGAGCAAGCUGCGUACUGCUAUUCGAUGGUUAUAGUGCCGUUAUAUGACACGCUAGGAGCCAACGCUUGUGCCUUUAUUAUUAAUCAAACUGAAAUGUCCCUGGUGGUGUGUGAAGACGACAAAAAAGCUAAUUUACUACUGGAUGAAGCACCCAGGUGCCUUCGCAAAUUAAUCACUAUAAGGGAAGUGUCGCCCUCUACACACCAAAGGGCAAGAAGUCGAGGUGUGGAGAUCCUAAAGUUCAGCGAUGUUGAAAUACAAGGAGCGCAGAAAGAUCAUCCCUGCAUUCCGCCCCAGCCAGAGAAUCUAUGUACGAUCUGUUACACAUCUGGCACCACCGGCAUGCCAAAGGGUGUUAUGCUAAGCCAUGAGAAUGUUGUGGCAUCCAUGUGCAGUGUCACAAUGCAGCUUGGUGAACAUAGGCCCACGAAACACGAUGUGAUGAUUUCGUUCCUGCCACUCGCACAUAUGCUCGAGCGAUGUUGUGAGAACGCUCUGUACAUGGUAGGAGGGGCAGUAGGUUUCUAUAGCGGUGACAUAAGAAGAUUAGCAGAUGACUUGAGCGCACUUAAACCCACCAUGAUGCCUGCUGUACCCAGGCUCCUCAAUAGACUCUACGAUAAGGCACAGAGUGAAAUAGCCAGUUCUAAAAUCAAAAAACUUCUCUUUAAUAUGGCACUUUCCGCAAAAGAGUCUGAACUAAAGAGAGGAAUAAUUCGAUCAGACUCAGUGUGGGACAAGUUGGUGUUCCGCAAAGUACGUGAAGGUAUGGGUGGGCGUCUCCGCAUCAUGGUGGUGGGUUCUGCGCCACUAGCCGGAAACGUGCUUACGUUCGCAAGAUGCGCGCUCGGAUGUCUGAUUGUUGAGGGCUACGGUCAGACGGAAUGCACGGCGCCGGUGACUUUGACGGUUCAGGGAGACCACGUCCCAGAACAUGUUGGGCCUCCCGUCGCUUGUUGUAAAGUGAAGUUGGUGGACGUCCCAGAAAUGGAGUACUAUGCAGCGCAGGGUCAGGGUGAGAUUUGCGUGCAGGGCGCGAACGUCUUCAAGGGGUACUUCAAGGAGCCGGAGAAGACUAGGGAAGUUAUCGAUCAAUAUGGCUGGCACCACACUGGUGAUAUUGGCAAAUGGCUACCUAACGGUACCUUAAAAAUUAUUGACAGAAGAAAACACAUUUUCAAACUGUCACAAGGCGAGUACAUUGUUCCUGAGAAGAUUGAGAAUAUUUAUAUCAAAAGCCAGUACGUUGAACAAGUUUUCGUACACGGAGAAUCAUUAAAGUCGUGUAUAGUAGCAGUCGUUGUACCUAAUGUUGAUGUAGUGAAGUGUUGGGCCUUAGAAAAUGGAAUCAAAGGCACCUUCUCCGCAUUAUGUGAGAAUGAGAAAGUGAAGAAAAUGCUACUCGAGGACAUGUUGAGUCGGGGCAAACAGGCUGGCUUGAAAACAUUUGAACAAGUGAAAGACAUCUACUUGCACCCAGAUCCAUUCUCAGUGCAGAACGGACUUUUAACUCCCACCCUAAAGGCGAAAAGACCUGAAAUCAAGAGUUACUUCAAACCACAGAUUGAAGACAUGUACAAACAGUUAGAAUAGCGAACGCUCUGAAAUGUUUAAUCUUUAUAUAAGUGUCAAAGAUACGUCAGCAAGACAAGACCGGUCCUAUAACAAUAUUUAUAUGACACAAUUGUUUUUGGCGAUUCAAUUUAACUAUUUUAAUGAAUAGUUGAAGUAUUGGCUAUACACUAUGUACUGAUCAAGACGUACUCUUGGCCAGUGUGUGUUCGCAUAAAACAUUCUAACCGUAGAACAUAAUCUAGCUCGUGGAACUGUCAAACAAUAUUCUGUAUUAUUGCUAAACUCAAGACUAGAAAUGUAUUUGUAUCAUUAUAUGCAUUACGUAAACCCUUUGAUAAUGCUUAUAUACAUAUGACUGGUAGAAUGUUACAAAACUAAUUUCAAUCAAUCGCUUCAAAUUCGUCCUCCAAGGCUGUGUAAAUCAUAUUGCUCUUACUUGUUCUCAUACUUGACAAUUUAUAUUUUAAAUAUAUCUGGACCGGUCUUUUUUAAGCUAAAAUAGAAGUGAUAUAAUUUCCUUGGUCUACGAGUGCUAUAUUUAAAUAAAACUUACUUUUAAUAACUGGAAUUACAUUCUCAAUGUGAGUCGACUUAAGGUAUGUAAUGUAUGUGUUAAUGAAGUUUUAUUUAAAUAAUAGUUAACUAACAGUUAUGGUACAUUAAUAAGCAAUAAGGUUGAACAGUCAAUUAAACUUUCAAAGCAAUUUCUAUUAGGCAAUUAGAAGGAUAGUAAAGGAAUGUAGUUAUCUAAUGUUGGGUUAAAAAUGGAUUAAGCGUUCGAGAUUGCUUGUUUAUGUAGAUUCGAUUGUAGAGGACGCUAAUUGAAAGUUAUAAUGCACUUUUGUUUGUAAUUUGGUACUUAUCAAUUUAAUGGCGAAAUGUGUGUGCUAUGAAUUUUAUACGCUGUUGAUCCUUUUCUUAAGCAAUGGUUUUUUGAAACUAUUAUAUCUUAGUUUUGCGUGAGGGUGAAUCUCUUGUGGACCCGUAGACUGAUUUAAUUUAGUAAUUAAUCAGGCUUAAAACAAAAGCAAGAAUAUUAUUUUGUAAUAAAUGAGGUUCGUUUCAUAUAGUUUUGUUAUUGAAGUCGUAAGUAAGAAAGCCACGGAAGUUUGCUUCGUAUUUGUUAGUGUAAAUCUUUGUUAACGUUAGUUUAUAUAAACAAAAAUAAAUUGGCGUGCCGAUAUGGCGCCAUAGCUAGCAUACGGCAGUAAAUUCGAAAACAAUUUCAUCAUUUACUUUGUGUUUUAUGAAUCGUUAAGUCACAUUUGUAUAAUAUAACAUUAAUAAAAUGAUUGUAAACCCUUAAUGAGGUCAUCAUCGUCAUUUACAAGAAUUUCAGUAAUCUUGCUAAUAGUGGUCACAUUCAACGCUGUUUUUUUUAUUUGUGUGUCUAUGGGUCUAGCAUAUAAGUCCAUAAGUUUUAUCACAAUACGUAUAUAGACGAUUUUUUAAUAGCAAAAUCUGUCGCACUUAUAAGUAGAUAAUUUUAUAUUAUCAUUUAUUAAGAUAAUUCUAGCUUUGAGCGAAUGUUGCGGUUUCAUGAUGUCUAAACCAAAAUUUUGUUGUUAUUGGUGCAAGAUUGUACUACAAUAAUUUAUUUUUAAAUAAAAAUUCUUGGCAAAA